AAAAAACAGAAAAGCAUGUUUUCUUCUUCCUGUCAAAGUUUGUAGAGUGAGAAAGCACAAAUCACAAUCACAUAAACCCUUUAUCCCUUUUAUUUUAAUUCUCCAUUUUUUUAAUGAUCUUAUGAUUUAGGAUCUGAGAAACAAGGAGGGAGAAGUGUAUGUGUGAAAACGAAAGCGCCUGCCGCUAAAUUUGGCAGAGAUUUUAGCUGUGGAGGUGCCACCUUCCUAAUUUCCACCUGCUUGUUCUUUGUUAAUCUCCUUUUGCUUUGAUCCUGCAUAUUUUUACUAGGAAAAAAUGGGUGAUAGUGACGAAGGUAAUACUGAUGUGAUGCAUAGGAUUAAAUCUUCAUUUGGAACUUCAUCAUCUUCAAUCCCUAAGCAACCUUUAUCAAUGAAUCAUCUUGAAAUCCCUCAGUUGAAUCCUAAUCAAAUGAGGACUGCUAGGCAUUUCUCUCAAUUUGGCCAAAACUAUAGUGGUAGUGGCGGCGGCGGCGGCGGCGGUGAUGGUACUAAUAAAAGAGUUGGAAUCCCUCCUUCACACCCUAACCAGAUCCCACCCAUUUCGCCUUAUUCGCAGAUCGCCAUGUCCCGUCCUUCGAACCAGCAAAUUGGUUCUCAGAGUUUUAGUCCGGGACCGACUCAUUCCCGGUCUUUGUCGCAGCCCUCUUCCUUCUUUUCGUUUGAUUCAUUGCCCCCUUUGAGCCCUGUCCCAUCUCGCAAUUCUUCGUAUAUGGCAGUUUCGGACCAGAUCACUGAUUUGUCAAUGGAAGACCGGGAUGUUGCUUUGCAUUCUUUGUUGCCGCCCUCUCCUUUUUCCAAGGGGAGUUCUCCACGGGUCGGAGAAAGUUUGCCUCCACGAAAUAAACAUAGGCGGUCCAAUAGUGAUAUUCCGUUUCAGUUUAAUACGAUAAUGCAACCUUUGCCGCCGCCACUUGUUCCAGAAAGGGGUGGUGGUUUGGAGCGAUCUCUGUUGGGUAUGGAAAAUUCGGGUGCGCCUAGGCCAGCUGGCCCAGCUCAGUUGGUGAAAAAGGAAACGAGCUGGGAAAGAGGUAAUGAUGGCAAUGCGGUAGGAAUAGGUGAGAGGAAAUCGGAAGGGGAAGUUGUGGAUGAUUUGUUUUCUGCAUAUAUGAAUUUGGAUAACAUUGAUUCCUUGAAUUCUUCUGAUGAUAAGAACAAUGGUCAUCAUGAAGAUUUGGACAGCAGAGCAAGUGGAACAAAGACCAAUGGAGGUGAUAGCAGCGAUAAUGAGACGGAAAGCAGUGCGAACGAGAGUGGGAAUAGUGCAUCACGAGGUGGAAUGAAUUCAUCUGAGAAGAGGGAAGGGAUCAAAAGGAGUGCAGGAGGAGACAUUGCUCUUUCUUCUAGACAUUUUAGAAGUGUUUCCAUGGAUAGUUUCAUGGGGAAGUUGAACUUUGGUGAUGAGUCGCCGAAACUACUACCUUCAACCGGAACUCGUUCUGGACAACUCUCACCAAGCAAUUCAAUUGACGGAAAUUCAGCUUCCUUUAGUUUGGAGCUCGGAAGUGGUGAGUUCAGUGAGGCUGAAAUGAAGAAAAUUAUGGCAAACGAGAAGCUUGCAGAGAUUGCAAUGACUGAUCCGAAGCGUGCAAAGAGGAUUUUGGCUAAUCGCCAAUCAGCUGCCCGUUCCAAAGAAAGGAAGAUGCGUUACAUUUCGGAGUUGGAGCACAAGGUUCAGACUCUGCAGACCGAAGCUACCACAUUGUCUGCUCAACUAACACUUCUACAGAGAGAUUCUGCCGGGCUCACAAACCAGAACAACGAGUUGAAGUUUCGUAUUCAGGCCAUGGAGCAACAGGCACAACUUCGUGAUGCUCUCAAUGAAACCUUAACUGCCGAGGUCCGGCGGCUAAAGCUUUCUACUCGAGAGCUAGGCGGUGAUUCCAAUCCGUCCAAGGGGAUGGUUUCACAGCAGCUUCCUGUUAACCACCAGAUGUUCCAGCUACACCAGCAGCAAUCUUCCCAGCUAAACAUUCCCCAUCAUUUCCACCACCAGCAGCCGCAAUUCCAACAGCAGAACGGGAACACGAUGACAAAAUCUGAGUUGAACAAGUAGCUCGUUACUUCUCGAAGAGUUGACGAGUCACUAUGCCUAUUUCAUUAUGUUAUUAUUUCAUGUCCUCUUCAUCAGCAUCCAUUCAUUGGUUUUCUAACUUCGAGCUCAACGAGUCCCGGAGUGUAGUGGUUCGGGUAUCCAUCUUGGAUCACGGAAUAUAUAUAUAUAUAUAUAUAUAUAUAUAUAUAAACAAUCAUACAUCAUCUGUAAUCAUAGCUUUUACUUAUAGUAGAUAAUUAUAUUGGAAUGUAAGCAUUAAGUUGACAUUAUUUGUUGCA